UGGUUCAGGUGAGUGGGCAUCUAAUUUCCAACUGAAAUCCUGCUGUUGAAUGGUACCCGGACAGUCUGUCCUUGUUUACGACCUCCAUCCCCCGAGAACAGCGAUUGCUCACUCUGGCAUGUGAUGAGGCAGUUGCUUUGCAGGACGGAAACUCAACUCUCCCAAAAUCCACUCCCUACCCUCCUCCCUUCCCUCCCUCCAUCCCUCCCUCCACAGUCCCUUGGCCAAUUUGGGCAUCAGCAUGCCUGGUCAGUCCCCUAUCCUACAAGCUCAUGUGAUCCAGGGCUGGCUAUAAAUAGCCGCAGAACCGUAGACAAAGACAGAAUCUCAGAGUGUAACAAGAACUGAAAGGAGUUUGUCAUUUGCCAAGGCCAGGGUCUUGGGAUCUUCAGCCUGUCUGCUCCGAGUCUGCUGGUGAAGCCAGAAGCUGCUCCUCCGGCGGGAUGGAUUAUAAAUCGGGUCUGAUCCAGGAUUCGAACCCCAUGGAAAACCUAGAGAAGCAGUUGAUCUGUCCCAUCUGUUUGGAGAUGUUCACCAAACCCGUGGUCAUCCUGCCCUGCCAGCACAACCUGUGCCGAAAAUGUGCCAAUGAUGUCUUUCAGGCUGCUAAUCCCUACUGGUCCAACCGGGGAGGCUCCAUUUCAGGAGGCCGUUUCCGCUGUCCAUCCUGCCGCCAUGAGGUGAUCAUGGACAGACAUGGGGUGUAUGGGCUUCAGAGGAACCUACUGGUGGAGAAUAUCAUUGACAUCUACAAACAGGAGUGUUCAAGUCGGCCCCUGCAGAAGGGCAAUCAUCCCAUGUGUAAGGAGCACGAGGAUGAGAAGAUCAACAUCUACUGCCUGACCUGUGAGGUGCCCACCUGCUCCAUGUGCAAGGUGUUUGGGGCCCACAAGGCCUGCGAGGUGGCCCCACUGCAGAAUGUCUUCCAGGGCCAGAAGACUGAGCUGAGCAACUGCAUCUCCAUGCUGGUGGCUGGGAACGACCGAGUCCAGACGAUCAUCACCCAGCUAGAAGACUCUUGUAGAGUUACCAAGGAGAAUAGCCACCAAGUAAAGGAGGAACUGAGUGAAAAGUUUGAUGUCCUAUAUGCCAUCUUAGACGAGAAGAAGAGUGAGUUGCUUCAGCGAAUCACUCGAGAACAAGAGGAAAAGAUCAGCUUCAUUGAGGCCCUGAUACAGCAGUACCGGGAGCAGUUGGAAAAGGCCACCAAACUAGUGGAGACAGCCAUCCAGUCCAUGGAUGAGCCAGGUGGAGCUGCAUUCCUGAUGAAUGCCAAGCCACUGAUAAAAGCCAUUGUGGAAGCAUCCAAGGGCUGCCAUCUGGGCAAGACAGAGCAAGGCUUUGAGAACAUGGAUUAUUUCACCCUGGACCUGGAACACAUUGCAGACACCUUGAGGGCCAUUGACUUUGGGUCAGAUGAGGAAGAAGAAGAGUUCAUUGAGGCAGAGGGAGAUGAGGAUGAGCAAGAGGAAGAAGAUCCCUCUGGAGGGGAAGAUGGGAGGAGUACAGGAAGGAGACAGGAAGAAGAACUACAAUGAGAAAAUCCCCCAAGCCAAGAGAGAAACCAAGGGAGAGACAAGGCCCCACUCAGGAGAGGAGUUUCUGUGAUAAGCCUCAGGUUGAGAGGGGAGGAGGAUCCCAACUCUGCCAGGUAGCAGAGACUGGACACAUCCCAUGGCCUAGCAAGUGGCCACUUACUCAGGCUUAGAGACUUGUUGAAACAAAAGACACAGGACACUUUUCUACAUUGGUGCAAAAUGGAAUGUUUUGUACAAUUUCUUUUUUAAUGUCUUUUUUUUUUGUAUAUAACUGUAAAUGUCUAUGGAACUGGUGCUUUCCAGAAAAAGACUUUGCAUAUUGUGCAGAGGAGGGGAAGUUUUUGUUUGGAAGGGUUUGAAGUGGUCAGAGAUGCUGAGGGACUGGGCACCUGGCAGCUGUCCUGGCCCCUCCCUGAGCCACUUUCUGGGCCUAGAAAGAAAGUGUACUGUACUUUAAUGCAUAUUCCUGUCACACAGGGUACUGACUGAAUUUAUGUUGCACAUUGUUCAAAUAAAUACACAAUUCUA